GCAGCUUAAUGACAUUAUUGCUGAUGUUAAAAAGGCCCAGAUUGAUCCACCAGUUGGUAUUCUCACUGCAGAUGAUCGUGAUUCUUGGACUAUGUCACGAGAACGAUUACUAGCAAUUUCACCACAAAACCGAGAAACAUUGACUUUUAUUGAGAAUUCAUUAUUUGCUGUCAAUUUGGAUGACUAUGCAACGGGAACUGAUCUUGAUAAAUUUCUUGGAAAUAUAUUUCAUGGUUUUGAUGGUCAUAACCGUUGGUUCGAUAAAGAAAUAUCAAUUAUUGUAGAUAGUAAUGGACGUGCAGGGAUGAAUGGAGAGCAUUCUCCUUGUGACGCGCUUAUACCUGCAUUUGCUAGUGAAUGGAUUCUCAAAGAGCCUACUUCACUAAAUGCGCAGUUAUCUGGUCGUCCUAUACCUUCUCCUUUCCGAAUUCGUUUUAUUACUAAUGAACAAACACUAAAGGAUAUUAGGGCUGCUGAGAGUAAAACUAGAGAGUUAAUUGCUGAUUCUGAUGCAACUAUUUUGCAAUUUUCAGAAUAUGGAACAUCUUUAAUAAAGAAGAUUGAUGCAUAUCUUCAAAUGGCUUUACAGUUGGCAUAUUAUCAACUUCACGGUCGAGUUGUUCCAACUUAUGAGACAGGUGCAACAAGAAAAUUUUUGCGAGGACGCACUGAAACAGUUCGAACUUUAAGUGUGGAGAGUAAGGCAUUUGUAGAAGGGAUGUUGGAUAAAUCGUUGAGUGUUCAACAAAAGUAUGAUCGAUUACAAGCUGCGACUAAGGCACACACUAAUUACUCAAUAGAUGCAUCUAAUGGUAAAGGCUGCGAUCGUCAUUUGCUCGGGCUUCGGCUUUUGUUACAAAAGGGAGAGUCUCAUCCAAUUUUUGAAGAACCAAUCUUUGCAAAAAGUCAGGAAUGGCUAUUGAGUACAAGUAGCUUAACUUCUGGUGAUUAUUUUAGUGGAACUGGAUUUGGAUGUGUUUACCCUAAUGGCUAUGGAAUUAACUAUCUUCCAGGCGGACAUAUAAUGAAAUUUGGUAUAGAAUCAAAAUUCUCAUCAUCAGAGACUGAUUCUAAAGCAUUAAAAGAAAGCAUUAUUAAAGCACUAAGAGAUAUGAAAAACAUUUGUGAACAAGUGAAUGCUAAAUUUUUAAUCAAUCGAACUUCAUCAAACGUUAACUCAACCAAUAAAUGGAUUUCGCCAAUUUCACAUUUUAAUUAUCUUGGGGUGAACUCUUAUUCAACGUCGUUAAAUAUCGAACCAGCACCGCCAGGAAUUCAUUAUAUAACUCAUGUCGAUUUAUCAUCUAAACAAAUUUACAAUCUAUUAACAUCAGCUAUUCAGCAUAAACAUAAUGUAAGGUAUUUGAAUAAAAAAUCGGAUCAACCUUUAAGUGGCAAGACUUUGGCGAUAUUGUUUUCAAAAAGAUCUACAAGAACAAGAGUUGCCACUGAAACUGCGAUAGCUUAUCUUGGUGGUCAACCAAUGUUCUUAGGAUCUCAAGAUAUUCAAUUAGGUGUAAAUGAAUCUUUAUUGGAUACCAGCAAAGUUGUGUCUAGCAUGGUAGACGGGAUAAUGGCGCGUGUUGGUCCCCAUUCAGAUAUUGAGACACUAGCAAAAUAUUCCACUGUUCCUGUGAUAAAUGCAUUAUCAGAUAGAUAUCAUCCAACACAAAUUCUUGCAGAUCUAAUGACAAUGCAUGAAGUAUUUGGGCCUCAACCCAAAGACGAGUCAUCAUAUAUUGCACAUUUAACACAUCCUGAAAAAACACUUCCAGGGUUGAAAGUUGCAUGGAUUGGAGAUGGAUAUGAUGCGGACAAGGAAGUGGUAAAAAUUGCACAAAAUGAGGCAGUUAAAACUAAUACUAAAAUUAGUUUCACGCAUGAUCCUAAAGAAGCUGUUAAGGAUGCUGAUGUUAUUGUUACUGAUACUUGGAUUAGUAUGGGACAAGAAUCUGAAAAGGCGAAACGUCUUAAAGACUUUGCAGGAUAUCAAGUAACAUCAUCAUUAGCAAAAGAAGGUGGAGCUAAACCUAAUUGGAAAUUUUUACAUUGUCUUCCAAGAAAGCAGGAAGAAGUUACUGAUGAAGUAUUUUAUUCACCAAGAUCUGUUGUAUUUCAAGAAGCUGAAAAUCGUAAAUGGACAAUUCUUGCUGUGUUAGAUGCUUUACUUGUGAAAAAAAGCUUUGAUUAA